AUCCUGCAGAUGUCGCGAGGAGACAAUGCACGACCUAUCGUCUGCAUUGGUCCUGCAUUCUGCAUUAUGAGAUGCUAUGUCAGUGUAUGCAGCAAUGAUGCAAUCGAGUAAUACUGGGAUGAUAUGAAAGUUAAUUGAAUGAAAACGAAUGUAUAGAAGAGGUGGCGAGGACGUGCGGAGAACGAUGCUUUCUUGACGAUAUUAUCGGCAUUACCCGGCUUGCAAUCUUGCACGGCAAGACAAGAGGACACAAUGUUGACGCGCAUAUUUGAAAUGUACGGCCGGUUUUGCGCCACUCACCCCUUGGAAGUAAUCGUCACGACCUUCACUUUGACAGCGUGCAUGCUCAACAUGGACACCGGAACUAGACAAUCGCGUGAAGGCCUAUCCGGUGCUACGUAUUGUAAUCACAGCAGAUGCAAUCUAGCCACGCAGGACCUAAAAGCAGCCGACAUUGUACUAAUGACGAUAAUACGUUGCUUGGCGAUAUUAUUCAUUUAUUAUCAUUUCCGCAAUUUGCAAAGAAUGGGAUCUAAAUAUAUUUUAGGUAUUGCCGGCCUGUUUUGUGUAUUUUCUAGCGUGGUGUACACCACCAGCGUGGUGAAUUUCGGUCGCAGCGAUAUCGCGGACUUAAAAGAUGCCUUAUUCUUCUUUCUGCUUCUUAUCGAUCUUUCCAAGGCCGCAACGUUAGCGCAAUGCGCACUGAAUUCGCGAAGUCAAGAGGAAGUCAAGGCGAACAUCGCGCGCGGCAUGUCUCUAUUGGGACCGACCAUCACCCUGGACACUCUUGUGGAAACUCUUCUGAUUAGUAUAGGAUCUCUAUCGGGUGUCAGAAGGCUGGAGAUUCUCUGCACCAUCGCGUGUCUCGGAGUGAUAGUCAAUUACGUUGUCUUCCUAACAUUUUAUCCGGCAUGUUUGUCACUUAUAUUGGAGCUUUCUCGCGGAAAUAAUAAUAUGGGCCGCUUGAGUGCGGAUAAGAUAUUCAUAAUGCAGCCGUUAAAUGAGGAAGAUCAGAAGCCGAAUCCCGUGGUGGAACGAGUCAAGAUGAUCAUGAUCGCCGGUCUAUUUAUAGUGCACGCCAAUAGCCGUUGGUCUCUUAAGAGUGAGAAAAAUGAGUAUGCGGCGGAAAUAACGACGACAUCCACAGAUUCAAACACGAUGUUAAACGGUUCCAAUCAUAACGAAAAUUUCGGAGUAGAAAUCCUGAUUAGUUGGCUGUUACCCAGCGCGGAUUACAUCGUGAUAUCAAUUUUGCUAUUGGCAUUGGUCAUAAAGUUUAUCUUCUUCGAAGAUAGAAGCGACAUGGUUGCCAAACGACUAAGAUUCCAGCGAGAGAAGAGAGAAGCGGUAGCGGAAGAGAAAACGGGGAGUCAUCACGAUGGCUCUGUCAGUCCGGAUAAUGCAACCAUGAAUAUGUCGUUACGACAACGAUUCGGCAUUCCAACUCUGCCGAUGAUUCAACAGCCGAUUUUUCCUUUAUCUGGCGUGGGCGGCGGAUGGAUUGAAGCUGAUAACGAUACCUAUGUGGAAUAUACCGACAGGGAGGUGCAAACUGACACGAUAUAUCAUGGCGUGAAUGAGUCGAUUGGCGAGAACGAUUCAUCACUGAAAAAAUCUCAAAUCCCUAGAAGUGUAGAAGACUGUCUUGAGAUAUAUAAGUCUGAGCUCGGAGCCAACGUAUUAACGGACGAGGAGGUGAUACAACUAGUGAAUCAUAAACACAUAGCUGCAUAUCAGUUGGAAAAAGCAGUGGGCGACAUGGAACGCGGCGUUGGUAUUAGACGUCUCAUUGUGAGUGCCGCCGGCAAUUUCACCGAGGAGAUGGCGGAUCUGCCAUACAAGAAUUAUGAUUACAACAAAGUAUUAGGUUCCUGUUGUGAGAAUGUGAUUGGUUAUUUACCGGUGCCGGUUGGUAUCGCCGGGCCAUUGCUGAUAGAUGGUCAGCUGUAUCAUGUGCCGAUGGCUACGACUGAGGGUUGCCUAGUGGCAUCCACAAAUCGUGGUAGCCGCGCGCUCAUUAAGUGCGGCGUGACUAGUCGCAUAGUGGCUGACGGCAUGACUCGCGGACCGGUGGUGCGAUUCCCAAACAUCGUACGGGCGAGCGAGGCAAUGUCGUGGAUGCAACAAUCAAAGAAUUUUGAGGAGAUGAAGAGAAGUUUCAAUCAAACCAGUCGCUUCGCCCGCUUGACAAAGAUCCAGGUGCGAAUUGCCGGUCGACAUCUGUUUGUACGCUUUGUCGCCAAAACUGGCGAUGCUAUGGGUAUGAACAUGUUGUCAAAAGGCACGGAGAAAUCCCUGCAGAUGGUGCAGACUCACUUUCCAGACAUGGAGAUACUCUCCCUUAGUGGAAACUUUUGCACCGACAAGAAGCCCGCGGCUGUUAAUUGGAUCGAAGGCAGGGGUAAAAGCGUAGUAUGCGAAGCGAUCGUACCCGCGGACAUUGUGACUAACGUGUUGAAGACUUCGGUGCAUGCAUUAGUUGACGUCAAUAUCAGCAAGAACAUGAUCGGCUCUGCCGUAGCAGGCAGUGUAGGCGGCUUCAAUGCUCAUGCCGCCAAUAUUGUUACCGCGAUCUUUAUCGCUACUGGACAAGAUCCCGCGCAGAACGUUGGUAGCAGUAAUUGCAUGACGCUAAUGGAACCGUGGGGCACCGAGGGUAAGGAUCUAUAUGUGUCAUGCACAAUGCCUAGCAUAGAGAUUGGUACGGUGGGCGGUGGUACGGGUCUGCCGGCACAAGGCGCGUGCUUAGCGAUGCUGGGAGUGAAGGGAGCACAUGUCGCGGAACCUGGUGAGAACGCCAGCAAACUCGCCCGAAUCGUUUGCGCUACUGUGCUCGCUGGCGAAUUAUCCUUAAUGGCCGCGCUAACGGCCGGACAUUUGGUCAAGAGUCAUUUGAGGCAUAACAGAUCAUCUAUUCUAGUUAAUAGCUCGGUGAAUAUAACUCACAGCGGUGGUAGUGACGACAGUGGAAAACUAACUGUACCAAGCGUUUUACCAUCCUCGCAAAAUCUUUGAAUUGAUUUCAUGCAGAAAUCUUAGCGUUAAGCAGCAGAAUGUACGUUUCCGUAAUCUCCGUGUAAUACAAACUAUGGUCUGCGCAUUGUUUCGCACCUGCCUCAUUAGUAUUCCAAAGAAAGAAUUAUUUAAGUAUGCAUGUUUCUGCUGUAUGCGAUGAGAUGUAGGUCGAACUAUAAUAGAUAUUACAAUAUGUAUGUGCAUAUAUAUAUGUACAUGUAUGAAAAGAGAAGUGUCUGAUAGUAAUGAACUUUACCUCUAGGUACUAUAAUGUAAAUAAUAUACUUUCUGAUUGCGUUUCAAAAUCUGCAGUGAAUUCAGGAUUUAAAAUUUGUACGUGAAUUAAAUUUCAAAUUUAAAAAACUGCCGAUGGAACUAAUCGUAGAAACUACGAGAUAUAUAGAACAAUAUUAAUAAAUUAUAUAAAAUUUGCAUGUUAUUUUUAUAUUAUAACAAUGCAUAAAUAUUGUAACUUUAUAGUCACAGAUUUCGUUGAAUAUAGUAUAAAGGUCCGAACGAAGGACCUCAUAUUUAUUUCGAUAGAUUUCGAUGAUUUGAUUCAAUUACGACACAUAAUAUUUUUCUAGCUAUCCUAGGUUUCAAUAAAAAAUUAUACAAUUGUGCCCAGUUCAAUGCGACCAAUUAUCUGUUUUACUUGAAGGACCACACAUGCUCAGUUAUAUAUGCUCAUUUGUAUUGCGAUUAUGAAUAGCAAGAUAAAUAUAUAAAAGAAUUAAAUAAAAUUUAAUUCAACUAUUUUUCCGUGUAAUAUCAAAAAUAUCGCUUGAGCGAUGUCUUCUGAAAAUAGCAUAGAUCUUUCAUUAGUUAAAUUAUUAGAGGAAACAAAAUGCAUCCAAAUAUAUCUGAGAAAAUUAUAAAACUAGAAAUAAGAUUAGAUAGAAACAUCAUAAAAGCGAUAGAUCUUGUGCAAUUAUUAUAUUUUUAUGUAUUUGAAGGUGUAUGUAAGGGAAGAUUGAUGCACAUGACUGUCUCAGGUAAAAUAAUUUAAUGUUUUAAAGUUGUAUACAAAGUAUAAACGUUAUAUUAUGUAAUCAUUAAAAAUUAUAAAGUGAUAAGUAGAAAUGCACUAAAAAGAACUGAAUUAAUAGGUUUUAAAUACUACCGUAAAUUUAGUACACGUUUAACACGUCAUUUUGUUAAAAUUUUAAUUAAGAAUUUAAAAAAUUUAUAUAAGUAUGUAUAAAAUAAACCGUUUUAUUGAACUUUAUUUUGUAAAAUAAUAAAAGGUGUAUGAAUUAAAUAACCCUCAACGGUAUAAAUAUCAUGUGCAUAACAUAUCCUAAUAAGUUUCCGGGAGAAAAACCGGUUUCGAGAAACUUAUCUAAAAAUUCGUAAAAAGCGAGCAAAAAUUAUAUCUUACAAAAUGAUAAUAUGAUGAAAUAUACAUUAAUUUGCAUAUUC